CCCCGGCCCCGCCCCGUCGCCAUGUUGUUCCCUCGGUGCUGGACGGGAGCAGCUGUAGUCGGACCCGGACAGUGCUGCGGACGUCAGCUGGCCGCUGGGUCCUCGACCCUCUCUCUUUCCUCACUGCACCCGGACGGGCCGGCCCGGAGCUCCCGGGCUUCCUCCGUGUGGCUGCGAGCCACUUCUUCCAUCUAGACUGUGGUACUCUGGAGGCCUGCAGAUAAGUUCCUUUGGUUCUAGAGACAAACUUUUAGUCUACCCUCAUUUCUUACCAUUUCUUGGGCGGCCACUCCAGCACGGGGAGUUCUGUGCAUGUAAAUCCUAAACUCCCUGCACUCCUAUAAUGAGCCUGGCACAGUGGUGAACCGCUUUCCCUGUUGUCCAUGUCCAAGUGGAUCUCCCCGACAGCCCUAGAGAUGAUGAUGUUUGAACUGAACAAUUAAGGUAAGAUUAUGGCUUAUGUGACAUGCUUUUCUUACGCAUAUUUCUUUGUACGGUUUAGCUGAUUGCUGAAGUCAUGUUUUAGCUUGGGUGAAGAAUAUUGCCUUUGGGCAGUCCUUCUAAACUGGAGUAUAAAAGGCCUUCAUAUUACAUUUUAAGGGUUCCGAAAUCAGAGAUCUUGAGAUUAAAAAUGGCAGGAAAAUCAUCGCUUUUUAAAGUAAUUCUCCUUGGAGAUGGUGGAGUUGGGAAGAGUUCUCUAAUGAACAGAUAUGUGACUAAUAAAUUUGAUGCCCAACUCUUCCAUACAAUAGGUGUGGAAUUUUUAAAUAAAGAUUUGGAAGUGGAUGGACAUUUUGUUACCAUGCAGAUUUGGGACACCGCCGGUCAAGAGCGGUUCAGAAGCCUGAGGACGCCAUUUUACAGAGGUUCUGACUGUUGCCUGCUUACAUUUAGCGUCGAUGAUUCUCAAAGCUUCCAGAAUUUGAGUAACUGGAAGAAAGAAUUCAUAUAUUAUGCGGAUGUGAAAGAGCCCGAAAGCUUUCCUUUUGUGAUUUUGGGUAACAAGGUUGACAUCAGCGAGCGGCAGGUGUCUGCAGAAGAAGCUCAAGCCUGGUGCAGGGACAACGGCGACUAUCCUUACUUUGAAACAAGUGCAAAAGAUGCCACGAAUGUUGCAGCGGCCUUUGAGGAAGCAGUUCGAAGAGUGCUUGCUACCGAGGAUAGGUCAGAUCACUUGAUUCAGACAGACACGGUCAGUCUGCACCGAAAGCCCAAGCCCAGCUCAUCUUGCUGUUGAAGUUCGAGAGGUUGCCCUUGCGAUCUAACCAGGUCACACACAUGCACAGAUAAGCACAGGGUGGAGACAAGAAUUCGUGUUUGCAGCAAUGGAUCGUGUACUCAUAAAAUUAAACUAACCAUAUUGCUGCCUUGUUAGUGGGUGGGAGAAGGGACACAUCCACUCACAGGAGAAUCUCUUUACGCAGUAAUGGCACCUUACCUUUAUAAGUUGUAACGGUUGUCUAAUAAUGUUUAAUUUAAAUAUGUAUGUCACAGAGCUAAUAAAUGAGAUGACCAAGACUUUAUAAUUAAAACACUUGAGUAUUCUAGAAGUUACUGUUUUUUCCCCGGGAAAAUGGAGAACUACUUUUUCUAUGUGUAUAUUUUUAUGUAAUUAGCACUCUGUUCCUGGUUCAGGGAAAACAUGUCCUAAAGCAAUAAUGUUAGAUAUUAAAGAUUAAAAUCCAGUGCAUUUGCCGUGUA